AUGAAAAUACAUUCAUCAGACAAUGAAACACUCGGUGCUUGGUUUAUUAUCGCCGACGACUAUUACAAGGGACUCGGUGCCUCGUCCUUCCUCACUUCUCAGCCUUCCAUCGAGACUGUUCAAUCUGCUCUACAAACACGUCCAACAAUCCUGUACUUCCAUGGUACCGCCAGCUCUCGCGCAGGCACCUGGCGCGUAGAGCACUAUCUAUCCUGGUCAUCGCGAUUACACGCAAAUAUAUUCGUAGUCGACUACCGCGGUUUUGCGGAUAGCAGCGGAUUCCCUCAUGAGGACGGACUGAAGCUGGAUGCAAUUGCAGCGUGGACCUGGCUUGUGGAUCAUGGCGCAAAGCAGGAGGAUGUGCUAAUCAUGGGCCAUAGUCUCGGAACUGGCGUAUCUGGAAAACUGGGGUCUCACUUAGCAAGUCAAGGUGUCAAGCCACGCGGAGUUGUGUUAUUAGCUCCUUUCUCAAGUCUUCCUACAUUGGUACAAACAUAUGCCAUCUUUGGCGUCCCUUUGCUGCAGCCGUUGCAAACUUUCGCUUGGGGCCGUAAACUUCUACAGCAUCUCAUACAUGAAGAAUAUGAUACUUUGUCUCUUAUCCGAGACAUCAAUACUCCCACUCUCAUCGUGCAUGCAACGAGUGAUAUAGAGAUAUCUCACUCGCAUUCCCGCACCCUUCUGGAUCAUUUACUGGACCCAUUACUUCCCCCGUCGGUCUCGCUACCUAACGCACCGGGUAUUCCCGUUUCCGACGAGCUUUUCUCCGCAUUCAUAGAGGGCCAAGCGAAGCGAAGAGAUGCGAGGACAGCCCUCGUCAGGCGUGUAGAUGUUCCCAAUUUUGGUUCGAUAGAGGAAUUUGACGGACCAUUCGGGAGCGUAACUUACGUGGAAACCUUGUGGGGUGAACACGAUAAGGUUGGCUUGCAGGAGGGUGUGCAGGACGUCAUCGCGUCGAUGUUUGGGUUAGGGAAUCAGUGA